GCGUGUGUGUGUGUGCGUGUGUAUCUGUGUGUGAGAGAACCUCGCAUUUCAGGUGUAUCCACGCGCCAGUGCAGGUUCUGCCUACACCAAAGGCCGCGGCAGAAGCAGGCAGCAGCGGCAGCAGCGGCACAGGGGUUGAGGGGCGAGGAGUGUGGCUGAGCUGUGCUGCGGGCUGUCCAAAGCGCUAUUUUUACCCUGGUCGCCUGAUAAUUUUGGCAGGGGAGCCACGGGCCCGCAGAGGACCAGUCUGGGUUGUGGUGAGCGCCGAAUGGGCGGGCUUGAGGUUGUGUGUGUCGGGGCGGGCGUGUAGGCGUGAGGAGUGUACUCACUAGUGGUGACCACCUCGAGUAGUGGUGAUUCCGGGCCAGUGGUCAGUUGGGGCAGUGUUGGGGUCAUACUUGGUGCCCCGGCGGCAGUGUGUUUGGCCUCGUGGGCGUGUUAUAUUAAGGUCGCAAGUGAGGGUGGCGCCGGCCUGCCCUGCUGUGUGGUGACGACUCAGGAGUGUUGAGAUCUGUGGUGCCUCCGGCCCGGACGCUGCCCAUGAUUCCGGUCACAAUAUAAUGAGGGAGUGGGCAUCACCAUCGCCCGCACAUUCGCAGGACCCUGGACCUAGGUGGCGAUGUGGGCGGGCGACCGUGGGCGUACAGUGCAACGAUGGUGAGCUGGCGGCCCGCCCGUGAGGAGGGCUAGGCACCCACUCGCCCCCGCCCACCGAGGCUUAUAUCUGAUUCUUCGUGAAAGGCUCCUCAAAACGCCAAGAUGGUGGUAUCCGAAGGAGCGAUCAACAACAUUAUGGGCGGGAUGGAGAACACGGCCGGGGUGAGGCUCCAUUCCCACCGACACAAACUCAAGCAGCGGUUCGACAUAAUUCGCAAACUGGGCCAGGGCACUUACGGCAAAGUGCAGCUCGCGGUCAACAAGGAGACGGGGCAAGAGGUUGCCAUCAAAACCAUCAAGAAAGCCAAGAUCGAGACGGAGCAGGACCUCAUACGAAUCCGGAGAGAGAUCCAGAUUAUGUCAUCCGUACAGCAUCCACAGAUCAUCCACAUAUACGAAGUGUUUGAAAACCGCGAGAAGAUGGUGCUGGUGAUGGAAUAUGCAGCGGGAGGAGAGCUUUACGACUACCUGAGCGAGCGGAAGGUCCUGUCAGAGGACGAGGCGCGGAGGGUCUUCCGCCACGUCGCCUCAGCCACGUACUAUUGCCAUAAGCAUAAAAUUUGCCAUCGUGAUCUCAAGUUGGAAAAUAUUCUACUCGAUCUUGAAGGGAAUGCGAAGAUUGCUGACUUCGGUCUAUCAAACGUCUUUGAUGAGAAGCAUCGAUUGGAUACAUUUUGUGGGUCGCCGCUGUAUGCCUCGCCAGAGAUCGUAAAGGGCAUCCCGUAUACUGGUCCUGAAGUUGAUUGUUGGUCAUUGGGAGUUUUAUUGUAUACAUUGGUUUAUGGUGCAAUGCCCUUCGAUGGCUCCAACUUCAAACGUCUGGUAAAACAGAUCACGCAAGGAGAUUAUUACGAGCCAAAGAAACCUUCAAGCGCGUCCGACCUCAUCAGAAGCAUGCUCACGGUCUCUGCCAGCAAGCGAGCAAGCAUAGAGGACAUCUGCAGCCACUGGUGGGUCAACGAAGGAUACCUCGAGUCGUGCCUUGAUGUUGCAGAAGCCCUUGCCAACCAGACCCCCGUGCGCCUGGACCUGCUGCUGUCCCUGGCCCCCAAGCACAUCAACUCAGAACACAUGCUAAUCCAACCCGAGGAAGAAGACAGUGCCAGAUCCCCGCCUACCUCAGAAGCAACGCGUCCACCUCCCCAGCUUCAGUUACCUCCUCCUCCUCCACCCGACCCAACUCCUGUAGCAGCAACCCGCUCAGCUUCUCUCGGUGCUGUUACCUCCAUAAAUCGCAAUGAGAUUGAAGCUCUGUUGGCAAAGAAAAUACAGGAGAAGAAAGAAGAAGAGAGAAAGAGGAAAGCUGAUGAAUCUGGUACUAUAGACAAGAAAAAGAAAAGAGAAUCUGGUGUUGAAGGAACUCCUAAAUCUAGUCGCAAAGAGCGGAAAACAGAUGUCAAUUCACAUGAGGUGGGAAGUGGUCGCAAGCCACCGGCUGGGCCGGAUGGCGACACAAGUGAGCGGAAAAAGAGUGUGAAGAAGCGAGACCCGGCUGUGGAGGGUGAUACAUCUGAAAAAAGUGAACGAUCAGAGCGUAAGAAAAGUGUUAAGAAGCGUGAACCUGUUAUUGAUGGUGAUGCUAGUGAUUUAAGUGAGAAGUCUGAAAGAAGAAAGAGUGUGAAGAAGCGGGAAACUUCAGCAGAAAAAGAUACUAGUGAGAGUGACAGGUUAGAAAGAAAGAAGAGUGUUAAAAAGAGAGAACCAUCAGUAACUAGAGAAUCGAGUGAGGAUAAAUCAGAAAAAAGAAAAAGUGUGAAAAAGAAAGAGCCUUUAAAAGAAAAGAGUUCUAGCAAGACAGGUAGUGAAAGUGUAACAGAACCCUCAGCUGUGAUAAAUGGGGAGAAGCAUGAAGCGGGUAAAUCAAAGGACACACAGAUAGAGUCUCUAGAGGACCAAUCAUUGAGUCUGAGUUUAAAGCCACCACUGCCUAAGGACCAAGUAAUAGAGAAGGGGAAGCCCUCUGCCAAAGAUGUAGCAUUGCCGAAAAGUAGCAGUAGAGGUGAAAAGGAGGAUGUGGUUACAGAGCAGCCAGAGCCCAUGGAAGUAGAGUCAGCCACUCCUACACUGCCUGUGAGUGCCCCAGGCCCCACCAAGACAUCAGGGAGUGCAAAGUCAAUUGGAUCUGUUGCCUCAAAUGAGGGCACCCUGAAGGCAUCAGACUCCUCAUUAUCUAGAGAAUCUGUCAGUCCAAUGAAGUGUGAUGCAGCGUUGGCUCCCAUACCUCAGGAAACACCUAAGAAAUCGAAAUCUCCAUCUCCAAGCCAGACUCCAAAGGUGAGGAAGGUGAAGUCAAAGUCCAUAGUCAAAACGUCGUCUAAAAAUUCAGUCGAAGGCCAGCCAUCGGAAACAGUGGCUGUCAAUGGUGAAAGUAUUAGGGUUGCCCCAUCUCCUAUUCCCAAAGUAGAUGAGACUGAAAAAGUUUUGCAAGAAACAGCUGAUAAGAUUAAGCUUUCUGAGGAAUCACACAUUCCUAUAAUAGUGAAGACAGGGGAUGGGGAAACUCAGGUCAUAGAGACGGGAAAUGAUGUCGCCACAAACAAGGAAGGUGAGUCGGUCAGUGAGCCUCGGCGGAAGGAAAGUGAAUCAGCUACAGAGUCGGUUUCGAGUAAAGAUGCUAGCCAAUGCUCAUCCAUGUUGUCAACCCCGGCUCGGAGUCGAGCUGGUUCUGAGUCAUCCACGGAGGCUCGACCAUCCCGUACAGACCCUGCCAAACGUCAGUCCAAAAUAUUUAAGGCGGCUGCGAUGUGGGAGAACCAGGGAACGCAGCCUCCACCACCUCUCGAGAAACCAAAGAAAACAGUACGAGCUGGUGGGAAAGUUAUGACUGACCUUGCCAAGAAGUUUGAGGAAAAACCAGCCAUUGAACGGAAGAGUAAAGUGGUACCAUUAUUUAAGGUGUCUGAUGCAAGGAAAGCUUUUGAGCAAAAGCCAGCUGAUAAGCCAAGUGUCAUCCUGAGGAAGAAGCAAGUAACAGAAUCUUUGCCGUCAUCACCAACAAACAAAGAUACUCCUACAUUGGCCACAACGCAGUCUGGACCAAUUGUAUCAGAAGAGGGAGUCAAGGGACUGAAGCCUUCCGCAGAAGGUACAACAACAGUGGAUCUGAAGAAAGACAAAACUCCGGUCAAGGAAACAACCUCAAAAGUUGACGCUGAAAGGGAGAAAUCACCCAGGGUGGUUGCCAAAGAACCUGCAAAGGCAAAGGAAAUUGCAAAGUCAGAAUCUCCCAAACCAGAAAUGUCAAAAGUUAAGGCACCACAGCCUGAAAAGGUUGAUCAGAUCCCUGUUGAGAAGACAGAGAAGAAAAAGCCUGAGGAAGAAGAGAAAAAGGAGAAAGUUGACGAUGCCAAGAAGACUGCAGCAACAGACAAGCCACGGGUUGGUGCUGAUGAAAAGUUGGUCACUACGAAGACUCCCACUCAUACCCUAGAGGUAAGUCCUCGGGAAAUGGUGACAAGCUCUGAAGAGGAAGAGGCUGUUGUAGUGGGUGGUCUUAACUUGAAACUUGGUGGUGUGGGUAAAAUAUCGGAAGUAGGGACUAAGCAAGAAUUGCGAAAGGCCGAGUCAUCAGACUCCUCGGACUCAGAAUCGGAGGCAGAAAAACUCCUCAAGCUUUUGUCAGAGAAGCGAGAAAAGGUGGAAGCUGCAAGGAGAGAGAAGCUUCGCAAGGUGUCCGAAGCCAAAGAGCGAGAGAUCAAGAAGGACAUGCCAUCCAUCAAGGAAGAACCCCAAUCUAAAUCUCCCUCAAAAUCCCCCUCUAAAUCUCCUUCUAAAUCCCCUGAGAUCAUCAAGCCAGAACCAAAGGAAAUGGUAGAACCAAAGGAAACACCUCCAGAGCAGAAGUUUGCCACGUUGCCACGAGGAUUCAAAGCAAAAGCCCCAGCAUCUGCCGCGUCAAGCUUAGCGUCAGAAAAGGAGCGCUCUAGAUUACAACCUUCAGAUAAACUUUUAAAGGACAAUGCCAUCAAUGAAGAAAUAGAAGGCAUGAUGUCUGCCAUUAAGGCAGUGGAUCGGGCAAUAACGCAGGAAGAAAAGGAAAUCAAGAUUCUCCGUGAUUCAUUAGCACGAAAUCUGCCAGAAAGUGUAGAGAGUGAGGAGGUGAAGCCCCGUGAGCAAUCCCCCUCACAGCAAGUGCAACGGCCCCCAGUAGUUAAGGAGGUCCAAGCAAUUCCACCAGAACAGGUUCUUGCGCCCACGCCACGGGACGAGCCAGAAACUUCCACCCCUUCAGUUCCUAUUGUGCGGCAGGUUAGGAUAGAGACCAGCCCAGGCGUAAUGCGUCCUGCUACACUUGUGGUGUCCGGGCCUCCCGGCAGGGCUCCGGGGACACCGGGAAGGAUCCCAGAGCAACAAAAAAUACUGGACGCAGAUCGCAAGAAGUCUGAGAUGGAAAUCAUUCUCAACAAGAAGAAGCCUGAGGAACAGGAUCCUAAGAUAAAAAGCAAGAGAUCUUCCUAUGCAGAGAUCCAGCUUACCUCCCCUACCACCAAAGAGGCUCCAAAACAGGAAUUCAAAACAGAAGUCCGUCAUAAUGUAGCACCUUCUCGUGGAGUCGGAGAGGCACAGUUGCAGAGAGCUAAACGAGAGCGCAUUAUUCCAAUCAUGCUAGAGGAUGACGAUGAUGAUGAUGACCGCACUACCAGUGAGAGCCUUUCUCAUAGUGAGAGACCCAUAGGAACCUCCUCAACCACAGGCUCACGCGUCACGUCUCCACUUCCCUCGCAGCCUUCUCUUACACGUGCUGCCGAAUCUCGUCCUACAUUCAGCGCAUCGCCUGAAUCUCUAAGGAAAUCCCGUCGUGAGAGGAUCAUCCCAAUUGCCGUGGAGGGUGAGGGCAUUGUCACCCCCCCGCCCCAUAUAGAAGAGGCGGCUGAACUGGGUGCUGCCCGGGCCCACCAGGCUUUCUCUCGCACAAUGGCAGGUCGACCAAACACUCUCAACAGUGGGAAGGUGGAAGGUGAAGGGGACACAGGACCAAUAUCCCUCACCAGCUCUCUGUCGGGUCCUCCUCCUGUUUCUCGUAGGACCCCUGUAGACCACUCCUCCACUCCUUCGUGGCAGCGCCGGCUGUCCCACACUAACAGUCGAGGACGAGGCUUCCUUCUGGACCACAGUGAAAGCUUCAGUUCAGCGGGAGAAGAGGAAGAGGAGGAUGAAGACGAUGGUUUCCAGAUUCUCACAGCAGAGUCACUCUUUUCAACAUUGCUCAACCGCGUGCGCUCACUCACCAGGAAGAUGAAUGCAGAUGACAUGCGAAGUGAUAGAGCCAGACGACUGUCAAAUCAACCAACGCCUGAGCCAGGAACAGCACCAAGCAGUGCAGGGAUUGGAACAGCCCACUCAAACUCUUCAGGCUUCUGGUCGUCACUUUAUAAUUCACCGCGGGACUCACCUGCAAGGAGAAUCUCAGAGACGAUGUCACGCAGUAGCCUGGGUCGCGACGAUGAUACAUUUGGAGGGAUCAGUUCACCCCUCUGGACCCGUAGUGUUUCGCGUGACACCUCAGAUGCUGAUACUUUGUUCUCAGAAGCUUCCACACCAUUUGGUACACUGCCGAGAGGAUGGCGAGCGCCAAGGUGGUCUGGAGCAGAGGACGGAGGGGAGUCGGACACAUCUGAGGCUUCUGCGCGAUCGCUGGGUCGCCGCCCACAGUAUUCCCGUGCACCUUCCAGGGAACUCCAUAACAUCCCUGACGAGGAACUAGGAUUGCUGGGCGGGCGGGCAUACUCUGGAGGAGGCAUGUCCCUUCCUCGCCCCUAUCCAGGAACUAGCAGUGGCCUUACAUCACAAGGCAGAAUGAUGCAUGAUUCAGCAGACAGAAUAGCAUCUAUGUACGGCACACUGAGAGGGCCUCAUCGCCGUCCACACUCCACUGUGGGCGGCCAUCCGGGGGAAGCUUUAGGGAGGGAUGGUGGGCACUGUGAGCGCCAGUCAACCAAUGGCUCUGCUGCUCACACAGGCGUGCACUCUAAUCAGCGCGCCUCACAGCUUUCCCCCAGUGGCUCUACAGUACAAUCACCCGAGGAAACAGAAGCUCUCAAGCAGAGCGUGCAGGAGCAGCUCCAGCAGUUGGUUCGAGAGUUGGAAGCAGGAGAAGAUCAGUUACCUCUUGCACCACAACAACCUCCUCAACCGGAGCACCCACAGCCCCUUCAACAGGGUUACUUGUCUCCUUCUGUCAAAGCUUUGGUGUCUCCUCCUGGCACACCUAUGUUCACACCACCUACUACGCCCUUGCAGUCACACAAUACACUGCCAGGCUCUUUAGAAACACAGACACUGUCCCAAGAAACAACCCCAUACAGUACACCCACACCCUCUCUCUCUCAGUUCCCGAUUUCCCCUACAUCACCAGUCCAAAGCAUCCAGUCACCACUCACUACACCAUCCCCUCUCCCACAAGUUCACUUCCGUUCCCAUAGUGAUGAUGCCGCUGCUCAUGGGAGAGCAACUGGUACAAGUGUUAAAGACAGUAUCACUAACAGCACAGUACCAAAGCAAGGUCAUAAAGUUGUUAGCCAAGCAAGUGGCACUACCCCAAGAACUGAUGGAAGGGGGCAAGAUAGAACAUCCCGAGGGUUUCUGACACGGAUUGGAGGCAAUGAACAGGUUGGCUAUAAUGCAAUCCUGGACAUCAGUAGAGAGAGAGCCACAAGUCCUGCCAGCAGUGAUAGUGCAGAGUUUGGUCAUGUGAAACGUGUUUCAUCCAACAACGAGGAAUGGCUCAAGCCCGCUGGGGCAGUUGUGCGGAAUGUUGAUAAUACAGCUUUGGAAGCUUACCGACGUUCGCGUGGGAAGGGUGAUGUACUGGAAUAUCAGAGAGGAAAAUCUGAAGACCUGCGACACACUCUGGACUCCUUAGAAAGACUUGAAAAUCAAAAAAGUAGGAUCACACCUUCCCGUCCAUCAUUUUGCCGGGAGCCACCAUUAGAUGAAGCGACAUACUCUAAUAUCGGAGACUUUAACCGAACAAACUCCGGAACACCAGCCAUGACAGCUGCUAAUCUUCAGUUGCAUAACCAGUUAGUGGCUGCAAAUUCUGCUAACUCAAGCAUAAACAACACAGACCCUACAAACGCCAAUAGCACUGGUUCUGCAAACACUCUUGGGAGAGCAAACAGUAACACUAGUGCUUCUAAUGACCAGAACAAUAACAAUGGUUUGCCUACUAGUCGCUCUGCCAGUGGCAUCCCAGUCAAGAGCAACAGUCGUGGCAGCCUCAGCACACGCAGCAGCUUCAGUGGGAAUAGUAUUAGCGGAACAAAGCCAGGGGAGUUGCUCCAACCUAAAACAUACAGACGUAGCAAAUCCAAAGAACUGACUCCUGCCAUUGAAGCUGCUGGGGAGAAACUCAGCCAACUCAAUUCAGGGACUCUGAAGAAGAUAUCACCAUUUGAGGCAUACAGGCGCACCAAGUCUCGUGAACUGCCACUGGAAACUGUGAACCGUGACACCAGAAUAAAAUCUCCUCCACCAGCAGGACCAGAACGAGCAAAAUCUCCUUUCGAGAGGGCAAGGUCAUCCAUUGAAAAGAAGUUCGAGCGGGCUAAAUCGCCAAUAGCAGAACGGGCUGCUAACCGUAAAAGUGAUUUUCCUGCCGGUAAAGCCCCAGUGUCUCCAAUAAUGAAUCGGUCAUCAAAUAUCAUAAAGGAUGAAGACCGUCUAGCAGAAACUACAAAAAUACCAGAGCAAGAAAAUGUCCGGGUCUCAGAGAAAAAUAAAGAAAUAGAACGGGAAAAAGCAAAAGAAGGCGAGAAGGAGACAGAGAAAGAGAAACCGAAGGAUAACAAAGUCAAGAAGACAUCAUCAUGUGAUCCUGAGAAACCUAAAUCUAUGUAUAAAUUGCUUGCUUCACGUUUCAAUCGUUCAGGAUCCAAUGUACCAGACUCAAGUGUGCGCUCAACUACAGACAAACGUUCGGAGGAAGAAGACGUGAGUGAGAAAGAGGACAAGUUCCAUCUGAAGAGACCUUCACGUUUCCUCAAGCACAAGACAGAGAAGAGCUCAUCCAAGUCUAGCGUGUGUGAUGAAGAUGGUUCAGAACGUCUUGAGAGGAAGCCAUCCAAGAAGCUUACGGACGCUCUGAACAAGUUCCUAGGACGCAAAGAAUCCAAGGGAGAAGAACCGCGUGCUGCCGCAAACACAUUACAACACCCAAAUGUUUUAGUUACAGGCACUGAGGAAGAAUUUCCCAAAAAGCCUCCACGAGUAAAGCCUAAGAAAUUCUCGAAGAGUCAUGAGAACCUGUGUCUGACAAGUGUAGCAGAAGGAGGCGAGAUAGUAACAGAUCCACAGCAAGCUGACAAAAUGCAGGCCGCUGCUCCACAAGUUGCUGCAGCCACUUCUCAGCCUGGUUUUACUCUUGAGUCUGUCACAAAAAGUAUUUGUGACCACCUUUCUCAACUAGAGAGUGAUAUUACUUCGCGCAUUGGGAACAUGGGAGUGCAGGAGCAAGGUACUGUAGUACGGCCCACAGGAACACCCUGUCGUCUUCCUACAGCUUCUUCUGUACCAUCUCUUACCACCUACGGACUCUCGCCAGCACUGGCUAGUCGCCGCAGUGCAAGACCUACCAACUUAGACUUAGCUGCAGCAGGUAUUGACAAUCACAAGACCCCACAAGCAUCACAAGCGCAUACAGUCACAACUGCCAGCAAGGACAGCAACCACAUUCCCAUAAGUGAGAGUGAAGGAGUUAAGUAUGCACAAAUUAAAAGACUCGGAAGUGGCACAGGAGAAGUGGCCCCCUCAGAGGAUGGGAGUCAAACCCCCACAGAGUCAGGCGAGUCUACAACGUCUGGCCCUGAUGACCAACGGGGUGUUAGUGAGAAUGAUGAUGAGAGCGUAAUGGACAGGAUCACCAGGAAGAGUUACUAUUCCCGUUUCCAAGAGAUUAAGAAGAAGCCAAAACUGAGACGAGCCAACACCAAGGAAGACAUGGACCAGCAACUGGCAGCAGCAAAGGCUCGACUCAUGAAGGAGGACCAGGAGCGUGCAAUGAGAGAUACCCUCAGUCCCCACAAGUAUACGUCCCCCCUUGGUUCCCCUAGAGCCAAUGUUACAUCACCCCCCUCAUGGGAGAACCCUCGCCGUCAUUCUCGCAAGUCUUUACCACCAGAAGAUCUAAGUCAUACCUAUUCAAGUGGACGCCGGGGUGCUUCUCUGCAGCCAGAUGACCUGCCUGGCAUCCGUCGUUUGACCUCUGUCCAACCACCAGAUGUGGCCAUGGGAGUCAAGCGUCGUCUGCCGUCCAUGCCUCCUGAUGAGCGCGUCCGUUCCUUCCGUGCCCCAUCCACACCUAGGGAGUCUCUCUCAGGUCGUCGUGUAAAAUCCAUCCCACCAGAAGACAAAAUGUAUGGCCAACGUGCACCAUCAAUUCAACCUGAGGACAUCAGAGGUCCAUCUCCUGCCAAGAGCCCUGAGGUAAAGGCUGAUGAUAGUAAUGCCAUGCCUGAUGUUGUAGCUGCUGCUGCAGCUGCAGGAGCACUAGCAGGAGAAGUGGCAGCUGUUGCAGCUUCAGACGGAACAAAGGAGAGAGGUAAGUCCAAAUCUAGAGAGCCGUCUGUAAGUCGUUUGAAGAGUCCUGAACCCACGGAGUCCUGGAGUAGUGCCAAGGAUGAGACUCGCACUCAGGCCCGUGAGGAACUAUCUCGUCGUCUCACUCACCUAACACGCAUCUCUGGCACAAGUGGGAUAGCAGCAGCUAAAAGAAAUGUUGGUCUGGCAGGAGGCAAUGCAAGUGAUGGAGCUGGCAUUCGGCCAUACCGGCGCACCAACACUACGGGACUUCUGGGGGAGCCUACUUCUUCUACCCAACCAGGAACCAGUACCAGCACUGGCAAGACCCUUACAGAGAGACCUGCGUAUCGCCGCACAAACACCAUGGACCUCCCACCUGCAGAUGCAAGAGCACGGCCUGGGAGUGAAUACAGGAGGAUGCUUCAGGACCCUGCUCGUCGCUACUCUGCCGCCAGAUGUCCUGCAAGUGAUGGCACCCCUGCCAGGUGGCCUCCUCCCGUCCUCCAGCGGACACUCGUGGAAGAUGAGGCUCUCAACACUACCCCAACCCGUACCACCUCUCGUCUGACUUCGCCGACACCCCAGAGUUCAACCUCCUCCAGCUACAGAAACUACUCCACCUUGGAUUCUCCGAGAUACUCCAGUGCAUCCUCCUCCAUCACACCAUUGUCACGCAGAACGUCUUUCUAUCGAUAUUAAAAUACUAUAUGGGUUUCUUUAACGAGUAUCAUAUCUUGUACAUUGAAAUUAUUUUGAAAUUUCUCUUUCUGAGAAAAUGAUGGAUACAGAUUUUGUUUUUAAAAAUCAAUAAAAGUGAGAAACUGUCAUCCAAAACUUUUAAUCUGGUAUACUUACUGUAUUCUUCCCAGUAUUUCACUGCAAGCCUAUUUUUACAUAUUAAUAUUUCUUAAGCAAGUUCUGUCAAUAAACUUUUACCAUAAAUUAUCCCAUAGGGUAUUUCCCAUUUUUCUAUGGAAUGCCAUUGUCUGAAGAUAUAUAAAAAGGAGAAAAAGCAUUUUAAAUAAGAAUUUACAUCUUACUUUGAAACACUAAUUAUGAGAUUUCUGUCACACUAUCAACAUCCUAUUUAUUAAUCAAUUGUUUUUGUUUCAAUUCUAUUAUCGUCAGAUAUCCAUUUUCAGAUGUCUGUUUUUAUAAUGCUUGUUUUUUUUCAAAUAUAGUAGUAUAAUUUAUUGCUUUGUAUAUGUAUUUAUUUAAGUUUCAACUAUUUAUUUUGUAGAGAGGAAAGUUUGAACUGGUGCUAAUUUCUUGGGUGUUUAUAUGAAUGUCUCUUGUGUGAUAACCCACACUUACAUUGCUGUACAUAAUGCAGUUAGCCAGAACACCAUUUCUACUAUAAUCAGCAUAAUCAAAAGCUGAAAAUUUAUUGCCACAGAAUCAGUCACUUCUAGUGUUACCAAGAUAAAUCCUAAAUACAUAUAUUCUACCUGCAGUCAC